CAGCCAGAAAAUGGAAUCUGUGACGAAAGACGGACUUUUGCAGCUGAUCAUAGCCAAAUACAAAGAUUCAACAAUUUGUGGUUGCACAGUCGGAAUGCAAAAAAAAAAACAUUGUCAUUUCCGCAUAUACGAGUAUUGUAAUUUUGCUGAUACUACUGCUGCACGCUGAUUAACAUAAAUGUACACCAAGUAAUGUGUAAAAUGUUGACGUCUGCGUAGCUACUGUUUGUCGACAGAUUGAACAGCGAAAGAACAUCGCUGGUGGGUCGUCGUGAUGUACGGUGGAGUAUUGUGCGUUGGCAAGAGAGGAAAAUGAACUGUGUUUAUUAAGCUGAACUAGCACAUUCUUUAAGGGAAUGAAAACUAAUAGGAGGUAACGAAGUGCUUGAAGAUGUGUUGAAGGAAUUAGAUGUAACUGGUACUGAGUAAGAAAGCCAUCUAAUGUGCUACUGCGAAAUAACAAUACGAAUUCCAAGAGAGAUAAACAGUGGCGUCGAUUUGUGCAAGCAAUAACUGUUAUGCUCACAGUAAUAAACAGACUCUUACAACAUAAUUCGGUACCUAUAAGUCCAAGGGGCUUAUAGAUGCAAUGGCGACGAAUGGCGAAAGCAGUCAUCUUGACAGCCAGCUAGACCGGCUAAGUAUAGGAUCCGAGGAAAGCAUAACACGUUCACACAUUGAUGGAGAGCUAAGUAAGGAGGAUGAAGAAGCCUUGGAGAAAUGGGGAUUCCAAUUGAAAGAUCUAUAUCGGCUUGCCCUUAGGUUUUAUAAAGAGAAAGAGGGCAAAGCAGUUCAGUUAUCGUACGAAGCAAAAUGUGGUUUAGUAGCAUUGACAUGCCAAGCAAGGCAUGGGCGUUACAACCCAGGAACUCUCCCACCUCUAGGUGUGCUGGAUGUUAUUGGCAGGGAUCGCAGGUUGGCGUGGCAGCAGUUGGGUACCAUGUCUCCUGAGGAGGCAAUGUGUAAUUUUGUGGAGAGGCUAGACAAUCUGUGUCCAUCCUUCGCUCCAUUUAUUGAAGCUCAUAAACGAGAUGUUGAAGAGAAGGAGAGGCUAGCCCGAGAAGAGGAGGAGAGGCAAAGAGAGGAGGAUGAAAGGAGAAGGUUAGAGGAGGCGGCUCGCCAGCAGGAGGAGGAGGAGAGGGCCAAGCAGGAGCUGCAGAGACGUCAAAUCCAGGAAGCUCUGAACCAGCAGACAUUCCACCAGUUCAAAGCAUAUGCUGAGCAGCAGUAUCCUGGAAACCCAGAACAGCAAGCAGUGCUGGUGAGGCAGCUGCAGGAGCAGCACUACCAUCAGUACAUGCAGCAGCUGUACAUCCAGCAGCAGCAGCAGCAGCAGCAGGGCAGGGCCGCACCCGGCGCCAUGGCUGGCGACAUGGACGAGCAGGCCGGGCUGCUCCAGCACCUCGGCUCCAACGGCACGCUGUCGCCCCGGGGCGAGGACAGCGACGACGAGGACGAAAGUGGAGGUGGUCUGCCAACUCCAUCAGCUGCUUCUAUGUGGACUCGAAAGGACAUACGCGAAUUCAAGGAAGCUAUCCGAAGGGAGUCGGGAGAUGCCAUCAUAAAGGUUGGCCACGGAGAAACAGUAACGGUACGAGUUCCAACACAUGAAGAUGGCACAUGCCUGUUUUGGGAGUUUGCAACAGACAACUACGAUAUUGGUUUCGGAGUAUAUUUUGAAUGGGCGAAACCGACCACCAGUCAAGUUUCUGUUCACAUCGCAGAGAGUGAAGAAGAAGAUGAAGAGGAAUUUGAUGAUGAUGAUGACAAUGAUGACCUCGGACUGGGCGAGGACGUCGAGCGAGGGGGCGGUGUCGCGAGCCUGCGGGCGGCAGCGACCGAUGCGAGCCGCCCGCCACUGUCAGUGAUCGUGCCAGUGUUCCGGCGCGAGUGCCAGCUGGAGGUGUAUGCCGGCAGCCACGUGUACCCGGGCCAGGGCGUCUACCUGCUCAAGUUCGACAACUCGUACAGCCUGUGGCGCUCCAAGACUCUCUACUACCGCGUCUACUACACGCGUUGACCUGAUGACAAAUGAAAAAAGUGUGUUCGGAAGCUUUUGCACCUGGAGUAAAAUUUCAUAAAAUUCUUCUGGGUUGUAGACUGUGUCAUGUCAUAAAAUAUACCAAUAUUUUGGCCAGUGCAGCAAGCAGCCUUCAUCAGGGGAUAUAAUAUGUGCUAUACAACAUGACGCCAUCUACAACCCAGGAAAUUCCAGAAACUGAGGAAAGUGUUCAGCAACACAAGAAUGAUGUGCAGCUGUUUGGAUCAUUGCAGCAAUAGCAGUGGCAUCUGAUAGCAAUCUAUCAUUCUGUUAUAACCUGUUAUUGGUGAUUGGUUUGAUCGUGUUCACAAAUAUGCAUGUGGCAAUCUUAAUACUUGAACUUCCAGGUUACACCUAUAACAGCCACAUUGUUUCUUAUAUGCAGCAAUACAUGAAUACAAUGUCUGAAUUUAUUGGUGGAAUUGAGAAACUUUGUAACAGGAGUGAGAUUUUCAUCGGUAAAUGUCAUAAGUUGUUGUUUGGGAUACCACAAUAUGUUUUGUUUCAGAUUGAUUGCUUAUCUCUUUCUUGGGUCUUAUUUUUGUGCUUGUUUAAAAGUUGAGAGACAUGUCACAGAAGCAUUGUCUGUUGGUAAUUUUGUAAAUAUUUGCAACUAAUGUCUAUUUUGUUAUUUUUGGUGCUAUACUCUGAAUUAAUAACACAUUUGCUAUGGAUAGAAUUGGGUGAGAGGCUGUUCUAAAGUGUCAAAUAUAUUAAUUUUACUGAGAAAAAAAUAGUGUAAGUGUUAUACAGACAUUUAAUAUCAUACUUCUAUACACUGGUAUCUACUGUUGUGUAGUAGCAUAUAUUUUUUGCUGACAGUAUGAAAGGUUAUGCUCUAUGUAUAAUACUACCAUGCUCUUUCACUACAAAUUCUUAUAAUCAUCAGAUGGCUGUACUGUUAAAAAGUUGAGUACUCACUUAAAUUUGUGGUAUGCCCACAUUAGUGUGUGUAUAGGUCAGUGGUAUUGUAGUGUCUUAAAUAGAUCUUUUUUCCCCAAUAAUAGGUCAUAAGGUGUCCUUCUCAUCACAAGUACUCUCAGAUAUCUCUUACGUUCUCAAGUAUUUGUUCCAGAUGCUAAUAUAUAGAGCUUUACCAUAUUUAUUUGAAUUUACUUUCAAUUUGAACUUUGUCCCUGUAACACACACUUUUAUAUCUCAAGUUUAAGUAGGGAAAAAGGAAACCCUCAGUUAAAAUCCUCCAAUUUUUCUUGUCUAAGUGGAAACUGACAUUUCUGUUGAAACAAUUUAUUUUCAAGGGGAAAUAAACUUCUUAAGAAAAUGAUGUAUACUUGUGUAGUCAACAUUUGGUCAGAUAUUUAGAAGAUACUUAAGAUCACCUGUCAAUCGAUCAAAAUACUAUACACUUAAAAACAUUUUUGGUUUGACCAAAGAAAUGAAAACUAAGAGAUUUUUUAUUUUUCAAAGUAGUCCCCUUCGAGACAAUAGUCCAGUUACUUUCCAACUUUAUAAUGUUCCCUAAAAAGUGAUAAAAUUGAGAGCAGUCUCAAUGCCAACAAGUUCUCUUAUCUUCACCUGGAUGUUGCUAAUUGGAGCAUUAUGAAUUUUUGUCACAAUAUACUCAAACAUACUAUGAAAAGCAUGUAUCGUUACUCACCAUAUAGCAGUGUGUUGAGCUGCAGACAGGCACAACAAAAAUACUACUGAACGUGUAAACUUUUGACCUCAGCACCCAGAGGCAGUCAUCAUGUGUGUGAGAGCUGUGUUUGCGUGUAUGUGUAUGUUUUCUAUUUCAGAAGGCCUUCUGGCCGAAAGCUUACAUUUUUGGUAGGCUUUUUGUUGUGCCUGUCUGCGACUCAACAUUUUGGCUAUGUGGUGAGUAGCAAUCUAUCCUUUUCAUAAUAUUGUCAUUAUUCCAUUCUGGAUUUCCCAAUGCUUGAACAUAGGUUUGUGAUAUCACCUUCAAUGAAUCCUCCUUUAAUGUCAAAUCCUACCCUUCUUUUAAAUUUGUUCAAGUUAAAUCUAAAGAUCAGUCAUUUUUUCCCAACUGAUAAUUCAAUUUUUCCCAUUUUUUACAAAAAAAGACACGGAAUUGUUUAAACGAUUAUGAAAUACAGGCAACUAAAACUUCACUGUGUGUAUUCUAAUGACCCUUAUUUUUCCAAGAUAAUAGUAAUUUGGUCACAUUCAUGCUGUCUGAGAACUUCAAUAGAGUACCCCCUCCUAAUGUCACACUUGUUAGAGGCAACGAUCUUAAUGUGGGAAAUUGAUCACUAUUUUUAAAAGUAUUAAGUAUUGAUGAACACGGUUGGAGAGAGCAUUCCCAAAUUGAUUAGAAGCUCAUUUUACAUUUCUCAUAUACUUCCAUAGCUCCCUGAACUUUAAUGUGCAUCAAAAACAGAUUAUUGUGAAGGAAAUAUAGAUUUAAUUUUUUUCCAACAUUUUUAAGUUGUCUGUGCUUUUGUUGCUGAUUUUAUUGAGCAACACAUGCAAGUUACAAAGUUGGAGCCUCGAAUUAUUCCCUAUUGUUUUUAUUGACAAUGGUUUCAUAUGAAUAAAACCAUAUUAAAUUUGUGCUCAAUCCUCUCAGCAUGACCACAUGGGUCAGACUUCUUUACCCCUACAGUCCUGGAGUCUGACUUAGUAUAUCAGCCAGAAGAGAAAGAAUAAGAACACUUCUAAAAACUUCAGCUAUGCAUUAAAUGGUUGAAAUUUUUUUUAACACAACCCAAGAAAAUCUGUUGCCAUUUGGCAGUUGCCGCAGCAGAGGGGGAGGGGGGGGGGGGGGGGGGAUAAAAGCGACAUUCAGAAAAAGUUGAUGGCAUGUGCUCUCUCACACUAGUUGUACGGUGCACAUGAGUAUCAUACAUGCUUAAAUCUUUAAAAAUGAAAGUUUGUGCUGCAGAUAUCUGAUAUGCAUAAUUUUCAUAUAUGACCAGAAAUGAAAAUGUCAGGGUUUCCAUUGAGAUACCCAAGUGUUGUGCUGAUGCUCAGAAUGGAUGAAAUAUGCACUUUUGAUUCUCACAGUGUGUGUUGUUUGCUACAACCAUUGGACAGUAUUGUACAAAUUAGUUGUUUGUGUUACUGGUGCUCAGUUUUACAUUUCUCUUUUUAAUGAGUGAUGUUGAUGCUUUAUAAUGUAUAAAAUGUGCCUUUGUGUCUCUUGAGUUUUGAAUUCCAGGAAUUGCAUGAAAAAAUAUUGGCCAUACAUUCUAAGAACCAAAAGUAAGGAGAUAAUCUUUAAGUUUUUGCUCCCAUUGUAUCAAACAACUGUCAAUACCUCUGCAAUCCCUAGCUUGUUUGAAGCAGAUAUGAAGCAGAAAAGUGUGGCCACUGCUCCACUGUGAUUAUUGAAUCAAUUUAUAAUCUACCCCUCAGUCAAUAUGUGAAUUUGUGAAUAAUGUAAUUAUUAGAUGAAAGUACCCUGUAGAUUUAGCAAAAUUAUUAUGAAUGUGUCGGAAUACAGCACUUGCUACAUGUACAAGCUUAUUUAGUGAUGUUUUCAUUGAGAUUAUUGGAGCACACACUUCUCUCUGUGAAACCAUUGCUAAUAUGUGAGAGACUGAUAUUGUGGCUGCUCAUUCUUUAGCACUGUAGUUUUUGGCACAUACAUUUUUCUGAAAGCACCUCAGAUUGUGUUGAGUAGAGUAUGUUGCUCAUUACAUUAUCAUGCCAAAAGAAAGUAUUAAUAGUAUCAGUUGUUUCUUCUGUGUGAUCCAUAUUGUUUUCUAAUAGACUGGAUUAGCACCUUGUAUACAACCUCGCCAUAUUUAUGUGUUUAUUAUAAAGAACAACAAAUAAUAAUUCUGUGUUGAGUAAUUUAAUCUGAUGUAAGGGGAUUCUCCGUGCACUUGCAUUUUAUUCAUUAGAACAUAUUUAGAUUUUUUGUAAAGGUAUAUUUUUGUUCAUAUCUGUUACAAUGAGUGUUCUGUGUGUGUGUGCUUUAUUAGAGGAAAUAAAUAUAUACUUGUUGAAAUAAUAAAAUGUUUGAAAAGGC